ACGAAGAAAGAAACAUUAAGUGACCUGUUUGCAACCAGAACAAUUAUAAGGGAAACCUAUUGUUACAACAACAUUUUCUGCUGAACUAUUUUGAAAAGAAGAUGACGUCGACUUUUUUGACAUUUGGACCGGCCUUUGUUGCCUUGGCAUUGGUGUUUUUAUAUUCACCAUCGACCAGCGGAAAAUGUCUUCCACUCCGCUGUGAUCUUUCUUGCCGUUCCGUUUCCAAUGGCAAGAAUGGAUGCCCAGCGUGCAUAUGCCCACACAAUGUAAUAUGCCCACCAAGAUUCCGUUGCAAUGUGUACUGUCUAAAUGGUUACGUACUUGAUCACAAGGGAUGUCGAACUUGUCAAUGCAAACCCUGGGAUACUUCGUAAAUAGUAAUGUGGUGGAUGUUUGGAGAUGUGGUGGACGCAACAAUUGUUAGUAUUAUAGGCUUCAAUGCAUGUAAUGUUUAUUUGUAUGAUUUGAAUUCCAAUAAAUGUGCACAGAAUAUAUCACGAUGUUUGAGUGUCAAGUUUUUGUCAUGCAGUGAAAUUAUAUUUUCCGUUUGGUAACACGACUAUAUAUUUUUGCCAUUGCUAUGACACCCUGACUUCUGAAGUCCAAAUAUAGCGAUAAUCGUCUCCGGGGACUUCAACCCAAUAGGAAAUGGUUUUCAAGAGAGAAUAAUCAGUAAACAAUGUCAGUUAAAACAACUAGUUAAAAACCCUACAAGAGGAAAGGAAACAUUCGACUUUGUAUUGGGUUGUUAAG